AUGUUCCGCAUAAUUUUCCUGGGAGCUGCUCUAUUAGUGGUAGAAGUGAAGGCAAAUCUACAGAUUUUACCAGAACCGACUACGUGCAAUAUCUAUGAGAGAAAUCUGGUUUGGGUCUUGGAGGACUGCAUCUGUCGUCCUAUACAAAACCCUUGCCUUAUGGAACAGGAAAACUCUUUACGUUUGUCUUCGAGAAAAACACCUCUUGUGCCCGUAUCUGAAGAGCUCUGUAAGCACUUCAUUCCCAAAAAGUGUUUAAUCGGUUUACCCGUGAUUGCCCAGUUCCCGAAACCUCCAAAAUGCGGAUGUAAGGGCAAGCCAGGCACAAUUACCGAAAAAAAGUUCAAGAACGUCUGCGAAAUGAAGAAAUAUUCAGCAAAAUAUAAAGAGGCCUAUACCUCCUACAAAUUCACCCUGGGCACUCGUUAAGAUCCGGAAUACUUUUGUUACAGAUUUGUUUAAUUAAUUAUCAUCUUGUGCUUUUGAAAAUCAAACUUUAUGCAUAAUAUUUUGUUAUCGAAACUAAUAUUUCGAAAAUCAUGUUCACAAUACUGAGCAACCAAUAAAUAGAAAGUGAUACUUUAGUACCUAAAA